CGCUCUGUGGCUGGUUCUUCUCGGCGGCGCGGCGGGUUGCUCUUCAGCCGCGUAUCAUGGCGGGGCCACUCAGGUGCCUCCGCCAGUUCCCUCUCCUGCUCCGUUACUCCGCCUCGGGCGUCACAAGGCCGUCCCCACAAGCCCCUCUGAAGUUCAGGGGCCGUGUGGGAAGCUGGGCUGGUCAGACGAUGCAGGCCAGGCAUCUUGCUACCAAGAAGGCCAAAGCUAAAGGGAAAGCCCAGCCCCGCGUGAGCAUCAACGCCUCUUUAGUCGAGGACAUCAUCAGCCUGGAAGAGGUGAACGAGGAGAUGCACUCCGUGGUUAAAGCCCUGCAGGAGGACUUCAGCAAGAACCUGAGCAUCAGGACUUCUCCAGGGGCUCUCGAUCAUAUAACAGUCGCAACUGAGGACGGGAAAUUUCCUUUAAACCAGCUUGCGCAGGUCUCCCUGAAGUCCCCACAGCUCAUCAUUGUCAACAUGAGCAGUUUCCCAGAGAGCGCAGCUGCGGCUAUCAAGGCGAUCCGAGAGAGUGGAAUGAACCUAAACCCGGAAGCAGAUGGCCCGAUCAUCCGCGUGCCACUGCCUAAGGUCACCCGUGAGCACCGGGAGAACUUGGCUGUGGCGGCCAAGCAGCUGACCAACAAAGCCAAAGAGUCCCUGCGGAAAGUGCGCUCCGGGGCUGUCAACCAGGCGAAGAGGGCCAAAAGAACCGUCUCAGAGGACACCAUCAAGUUGAUAGAGAAACAGAUCCAGCAAAUGGCGGACGACACGACGGCCGAAAUGGACAAGCUGUUGGCAGCGAAGACGAAGGAACUGCUGGGUUAGUCCCUGCCGGGCGGGAACACCAGGCCGCCAGCCCGAUGUCGCCCCGUGGCCUCCUGGGCAGCCGCCGCCUCCUGCCCGGUGACGUUUCACGCCAUCGAUCCAGCGUUGGACUGCUCCGCAGGCGAAGGCACAGCGUCUGGUUGGCCCUGCCGCCCUCCUCUGGUUUGGCGUUGGGGUGGGGGGAGACGGAGACUCGCGUCUGAUGCGUGCCGGGCUCGCCUCUCUCCUCGGCUGCCUCUACCAACUCUGAGAGCGGUCGGGCAGGACGUUCGGACACAGACGCGACACCCGCCGCUGGUGCUUGGUGUUGCCGUGUCUCGCUUGCAAACUCUGAUGGGGCCAAGGAAGCAGCCCUCGGUUGGGCAAGGGCCCGAGGCGGCGCCACGGGGCCACCGGCAUCCUCAUGAACGUGCCCGGAAACUCGCCUGUGAAAUAAAAUAUUCCAGGAGUCCCGA